AUGGCGGCCGUUUCAGCACCCACCCCUAAGCUGGAUCGCUAUGUUGUCAUCCACGUUGCAACCACUUGCGACGAACAUGGCGUAUAUGUCACCAAGGACUCGGCCGAAGUGAUUGAAUUGGGUUGGAUCUUGUUGGACAGCAAGACCUGUGAGGAGUUGCACCGUGAAAGCGUCCUCGUCAAGCCCGUCAACACUCCCAUAACCCCACUCUGCACAAGUUUGACCACUCUCACAUGGGAGCACGUUCGCUCCGCAGGUACCUUCCGUGAUGCCAUUACCCGAUUCGAUACUUUUGCCAGCGAGCACCUUACCACCAAGCAACUCGAGUUUGCUUUUGUGACGUUGGAUUCUUGGGAUCUGCGCGUGCAGUUGCCCCGCGAGGCCCGUGACAAGGCCGUUGUCCUGCCCCCAUUCCUGCAGCACUCCCGCACUUUUGACCUGCGCACCGAAUAUCAGCGCUGGCAAACCCACCACCCCGAGUCUCUGCCUUUCGGACCCAGCUCCCUCUCCAACAUCUGUGCUGCCCUCGAAGUCGAGCCCGUUCAGUCCUCGGCUCCCAUCAAACACAACCUGCCCUUCCACCUGCAAGCACUGGCUCCCGCCUCUCCGCGCCGUGCCAUGGAGGAGUCGAUCACCCUCGCCCGGGUCCUCCGCGGUCUGAUUCGCAAAUCCCAACCUGCCCAGGAACACCCAGAGAUCCUCACUCGCCCCAUGGAUGCCCACGCCGAUGUGCGCGCUUUUCUGGCCGAGCGAAGCAAGGUUCUCCAUCUCAGUGGUUUGCCCCACGACACCACCCAGUCCGAGCUGGAGAGUUGGUUCACUCAGUUCGGUGGCCGGCCCAUUGCUUUCUGGACUCUCCGAACCCCCGAUCAGCACAAGCCAACCGGCACCGGAUUCGCCGUAUUCUCCUCCCACGAAGAGGCCGCCGAGAGCCUGUGCAUGAACGGCCGCGCUCUGAACGAGAAGGCCAUCGAGGUCUCCCCAACCGUCCUCGUCCUGGUGACUGGACCUGCCCAUCCUGCGGCUUCUCCAACUUCCAGCGUCGCACUGCCUGCUUCCGUUGCUCAUUCCCCGCCAUGGCCGCCGCGCCCGACCCAAUGGGCUACGGAUAUGGCUACGGACCCCCCAAACAUGAUGCCUCCUCACAUGGGCCACGGCCACGGAAUGGGUGGCCACUCGCGUGGCAUGGGCGGUGGUAAUGGUGGUGUUGUUCCUUUCCGUGCCGGUGACUGGAAGUGUGGUUCGGAGGGUUGCGGUUAUCACAACUUUGCCAAGAACAUCAACUGUCUCCGCUGCGGUGCGCCUCGUUCAGGGGCUGCCGUUGUGGCCGACUCGGCGUUCCCUUCCCCCAUGGAACCUCCAUCGGGGUUCAAUAUGGGCCCUAACUCCAUGGCCAGCACUCCGGCUCCGGGACCUUUCGCCUCGACCGCCGGUGGUUUCGGUGGAUUCGGUCAGCAGUUCGGUGGUGGCCCGCCCAACAACUACGCCCUCCCCUCCGGUGGGCUGGGUAACGCCCCGGGUGCCUACCCUCCCAUGGGCCAGGUCAACUCCGGCUACGGUUCAUCCAGCACCUCUCACUCUGCUGCAUCCUUCGCCAACCCGGCCACCCAGGCCGCGUUCACUGGCGCAGACCACGGCGUGCCGUCGACCAGUACUUCCAACGGCGCAUUCUACGGUGGUGCCGAGAGCUCUAGUGACCCCUUUGCCUUCCUCUCGACUGGUCUCGGUGGUCUGACCGUUGCUGAUGAUCCUCACUCGCGCCGCAACGGUGCUGGUGCUAACAAGUCUCCCGCAUAA